GCGUGGCGAGGUCGCACCUGCGCGAGUAGGGGGAAGGAGGAGGGGCGAGGUGACGCAGGCGUAAUAAUAGAGAAGGUGCCAGAAAGAUUCAAAACAAGUGUCUGCAGCCGUCGCCCAGGAGUCGUUAGACGCUGGAAUUCGGCCCUGGUUCUGAUCUUGUUCCGCACGCCCCUCCCUUGGAUAUGGCGCUGUCCGGGCCGACCCCAGCCCCCAGCUGGGAGGAGGAUGAGUGCUUGGACUACUACGGAAUGCUGUCGCUUCACCGUAUGUUCGAGGUGGUGGGCGGGCAACUGACCGAGUGCGAGCUGGAGCUGCUGCUGCUGGAGCUGGAGCGCCGCGGGCAGUGCGACGAGAGCAACCUGCGGCUGCUGGGGCAACUCCUGCGAGUGCUGGCUCGUCAUGACUUGCUGCCACACCUGGCGCGUAAGCGGCGUCGGCCAGUGUCUCCAGAACGCUACAACUAUGGCACAUCCAGCUCUUCAAAGAGGACGGAGGGCAGCUGCCGCCGCCGUCGGCGAUCAAGCAGUUCUUCAAAUGCCCGGCAGGGUCAGUGGGAGACAGGUUCUCCCCCAACUAAGCGGCAGCGGCGGAGUCGAGGCCGUCCCAGUAGUGGUGCCAGACGGCGGCGGAGAGGGGGUCCAGUCAACCCCCAGCAGCAGCAGGAGUCAGCCAGGCCCACCUCAGAAGGCAAAGUGACUUGUGACAUCCGGCUGAGGGUGCGAGCGGAGUACUGCGAACAUGGGCCAGCCUUGGAGCAGGGUGUGGCAUCCCGGCGGCCCCAGGCGCUGGCACGGCAGCUGGACGUGUUUGGGCAGGCCACUGCGGUCCUGCGCUCACGGGACCUGGGCUCUGUGGUCUGUGACAUCAAGUUCUCGGAGCUCUCCUACCUGGACGCCUUCUGGGGUGACUACCUGAGUGGUGCCCUGCUGCAGGCCCUGCGGGGCGUGUUCCUGACUGAGGCUCUGCGUGAGGCCGUGGGCCGGGAGGCUGUCCGACUGCUGGUCAGUGUGGACGAGGCCGACUACGAGGCUGGCCGGCGCCGCCUACUGCUGAUGGAGGAGGAGGGGGGACGGCGCCCAACUGAGGCCUCCUGAUCCUGGAUCUGGCAGGACUGACCCCACCUCCUAGCUUCUGGGCUACCUUCUCCUCUGGAGGAUGAUGACCAUAUCUACCCCUAAAUGCCUGUCACUCCAGCAGCUCUGAGGACUGCGACAGCCAGCCAGGCCCCUUGACAUCCUGGCCCCUUGACAGGCCCUCCCACAGGAUGUGGGUGCUGAGGCCUAAACCACUUCCAGCUGAGUUUCCUUCCCAACUCUCCCUCUCCACCCCCAGGUGUGUUCCCUCAGCUUCAGGAAGCUGGGGGCUCAGGCAUGCUGAUCCAAAAGGAAGAGAAGCAUGGCCACACAUUCACCAAAGGCCCCUUGCACAUGUUUCCCUGACCCAGGGCUGUGUGUGCACACACACUGGCCCCCUCUGAAACGUCCCCUGGGCUCCUGCCCUGGCCUGCUCCACUUACUUUGGCCUAAGGGCUUUUCUCUCAGGAUCUCUGAUUAUACCGCCCCCAACCCUGGGCUUCAGCCGCAGCAGUGGGCACGGAGCUGGAGUGCACCCAGGGCAUGCUCACCUUGCCCACACAUCUCUACAGCCAGCCAGGACUCUGCCCAGCUUCCACACACAGACCUGGCUCUCCACCUUCUCCUGGAGGCUGGACAGACUUGUACACAGAUCUGCACCCAGAAUGUCACACAUGUGUUGUGGCAGCAGCAGACCAAAUGAGCUGUGUCCCAGGGGCCAGGACCAGACACCAACUUUCUUCUUAGAAAUGGAAGGCAGAGGCUUGGGGCUGAUGGGAAAGGCCUUUUACAAAUGGCUCCAAUAAAACUGCCCUGGAUGGGGCAUAGGUGGGCA